AUGAAGUUCACUGGAAUCGUCGCUACCCUCGCCAUUGCUGGCUCUGCUGCUGCUGCUGCCCUCCCCGGUCUUGACGUCGUCAAGGUCCAGGCCACCGUCACUCGUAUCGAUGAUGUGCUCGGCAACCUGAACGGCGCCGUCAGCAGUGGCACUCUCAACAAGGCUGACCUUGGCGAUGCCACUUCUCAGCUCUCCACCGUCCACAACACCCUGAACACCCUCGUCGGUGGUCUCGUUGAGGGCAUCACCAGCGCUGGCUCCGGCUCCAGCUCCAACCCCGUCUCGGGCAUUCUUGACCUUGCCACCAGCGAGCUCAUCCCCACCGUCACCAGCGUCCUCGGCUCCACCGAGAAGGUCUCUGACUUCGGCGUCCUCUCCAACGGCCUUGUCAGCCGUAUCCAGAGCGGCGACGUUGACGCUGCUGGUCUCCAGAACAUCCUCACCCUUGUCGGUGGCAACUCUGGCCUGUCCACCCUCAACCAGGUCCUCUCCCAGGCGUAA